AUGGGGCUGCUGGCGCUCCUGGACCUGGAACAGCCUGAGAAGAGCAGCAGGCCUCCACAAGGCCUGAAAACUCACCAGGACGGUGUGUUCCCUGCCAGCUACAUCCACCUGAAGGAGGUGAUCAUUGAGAAGCGGGGGGGCCAGGAGGUUGUAACCUCUGCAGAGAUGCCCCUGGUCCAGGAGGUGACCACCACCCUGCGUGAAUGGGGCAGCAUCUGGAAACAGCUGUAUGUGGCCAAUAAGAAGGAGAAGGUGGAGCAGGUGCGGCGGUUGCUAUGGGAACUGGUGGAGUGGCGCUCCCAGCUGCUGUCCGGCACGCUGCCCAAGGACGAGUUCAAGGAGCUCAAGCAGAAGGUCACCUCCAAGAUCGACUACGGCAACAAGAUCCUGGACCUGGACCUGGUCGUGCGAGAUGAGGACGGGAACAUCCUGGACCCGGAUCGCACGAGUGUCAUCAGCCUGUUCCGCGCUCACGAGGAGGCCACAGCCAAGAUCAAUGAACGCAUCAAGGAGGAGAUGUCCAACAUUCAGGCAGAUCACUCGGGAAUCUCCGCACGGAUCCAGUCCUCUCCCACACACAGCCUGUACGUCUUUGUCCGGAACUUUGUGUGCCGGAUUGGGGAGGACUCGGAGCUCUUCAUGUCCCUGUACGACCCCCAGAAACAGGCCAUCAUCAGGUCAGCACGCUGUCCUGUCUGCCUGUGGGUGACGAUGAAAGCUCUGGUGGGCGAUAUUGUCCAGAUCCGGAAAGAAUAUCCUCAUCUGGUGGACCGGACCACAGUGGUGGCUCGGAAGCUGGGCUUCCCGGAGAUCAUCAUGCCAGGAGACGUGCGGAACGACAUCUACAUCACGCUGCAGGGCGGCGAUUUCGACAAGUACAACAAGACCACGCAGAAGAACGUGGAGGUCAUCAUGUGGGUGUGUGACGAGGAAGGCAAGGUCGUUCCGAAUGCGAUCUGUCUGGGAGCAGGAGACCGGCCUGUGAACGAGUACAGGUCUGUCAUUUACUACCAGGUCAAACAGCCUCGCUGGAUGGAAACCUUCAAGGUGGCGAUACCCUUGGAGGAGAUGCAGAGGAUCCACCUGCGUUUCAUGUUCCGUCACCGAUCCUCCCAGGAGUGUGAGUUCUUGGGUCUGUUGGGGUUGUUGAAAUGGAGGACCAGACCAGAGCUGCUGAAAGAGAACCUGGAGAAACUGAAGAUCAUUGAUGGGGAGGAAGUGGUCAAGUUCCUGCAGGACACGUUGGACGCCCUGUUCAAUAUCAUGAUGGAGCACUCGCAGACUGACGAUUACGACAUUCUGGUGUUUGACGCCCUGAUCUACAUCAUUGGGCUCAUUGCAGACAGGAAGUUCCAGCACUUCAACACUGUCCUGGAGGCCUACAUCAAACAGCACUUCAGCGCAACACUGGCCUACAAGAAGCUGAUGUCAGUGCUGAAGACCUACCUGGACACCUCGAGCCGCGGGGAGCAGUGCGAGCCCAUCCUGCGCACACUCAAGGCGCUGGAGUACGUCUUCAAGUUCAUCGUGCGCUCCCGCAUGCUGUACUCACAGCUGUACGAGGGGCGGGAGCAGACGGAGUUCGAGGAGUCUCUGAGGCGCCUCUUUGAGUCCAUCAACAACCUGAUGAAGAGCGAGUACACCACCACACUGCUGCAGCAGGUCAGCGCUCAGGUCGUGUCACAAACUUCCUUUCAGGGCGACUACAACAACCAGCUGCUGUUCGAGUUCUACACCUGCAUCCCCCCCGACAAGCUGCAGAGACAGAAGGUUCAGUCCAUGACUGAGAUCGUGGGCAGCCGGGUCUUUAAGAAACAAGUCCAGAUCCCCCUGAGGAGGGUAAAGGAUGGUCUGCUGAGGAAGGGCCCGACCUUCCAUCAUAUCCAGGAGAUUGUGCUGCAGCUCCUGCGUAUCGUCAACCGCAAAGUCAUCACCCUGGGCCGGGAACAUGCCCUCAUCAGCCGAGUGGUGGCCUGUAUGACAGCAAUUCUCAGUCAGAUGGAUGACCGGCACUACUCCUGCUACAUUGAGACCUUCUCCAGCAUGACGGACCUGGUGGACUUCCUGAUGGAGACCUUCAUGGUGUUCAAGGACCUGAUUGGCAAACACGUCUACCCCUCUGACUGGGUGGGCAUGAUCAUGGUGCAAAACAGAGUUUUCCUCAGAGCUAUCAACACCUUCGCCGACACCAUGAACCGCAAAUUCCUGGACAACAAUAAUUUCGAGGUGCAGCUCUGGAAUAAUUACUUCCACCUGGCCGUGGCCUUCAUUACCCAGGAGUCCCUGCAGCUAGAGCACUUCUCCCCCACGAAGAGGAGCAAGAUCCUGAGCAAGUUCAGCGACAUGAGGAGGCUGAUAGGCUUCGCUAUCCGGGACAUGUGGUACAAACUGGGUGAGUCUGUCGGGGUCUCAGUCUGGCCCUCUCCCCCCAUCCUCUGUAGGUACCUGUACAAGCUGAGGGACCUUCACCUGGACUGCGAGAACUACACUGAGGCAGCCUACACCCUGCUCCUGCACACCCGCCUGCUGAAGUGGUCAGAGGAGCAGUGCAGCCCCCAGCUCAUGGUCAGUGACUACCACAGCUCCCAGACCCAGCGGCAGCUCAAGGAGAGUCUGUAUGCCACCAUCAUUGACUACUUCGACAAGGGCAAGAUGUGGGAAGAGGCCAUCUCUCUGUGCAAGGAACUGGCAGAACAAUAUGAGCUGGAAGUCUUUGACUAUGAGCUGUUGAGUCAGAGCCUGCGCCAGCAGGCGAAGUUUUACGAGAACAUCAUGCACAUCCUGCGCCCGAAGCCAGACUAUUUUGCUGUUGGCUAUUAUGGGCAGGGGUACCCCACCUUUCUCAGGAACAAGGUGUUCAUCCACCGCGGGAAGGAGUACGAGCGCAGAGAGGACUUCCAGAGCCAGCUGAUGAGCCAGUUCCCCAGCGCCCGGAGACUGAACACCACCACCCUGCCUGGGGACGACAUCAAGAACUCCCCCCUGCAGUAUAUCCAGUGCUUCACAGUCCAGCCUGUCCUGGAGAUCCCACCCCGUCUGAAGAACAAGCCAGUUCCAGACCAGAUCAUCAACUUCUACAAGUCCAGCUACGUGCAGCGAUUCCAUUACUCCCGCCCGGUGCGCAAGGGCUCUGUGGACCCCAACAACGAAUUCGCAUCCAUGUGGAUUGAGCGAACCACCUUCUUCACCAGCUACAAGCUCCCUGGCAUCCUGCGGUGGUUCGACGUUAAAGAAAUGACCCACACCACAAUCAGCCCGCUGGAGAAUGCCAUCGAGACGAUGGAGACCACCAAUGAGAAGAUCCUCACCAUGAUCAACCAGUACCAGGGUGACGACAGCCUUCCCAUCAACCCCCUCUCCAUGCUGCUCAAUGGCAUCGUGGACCCUGCUGUCAUGGGCGGAUUCGCCAAGUACGAGAAGGCAUUUUUCACGGAUGAAUAUGUCCAGCAGCACCCUGAGGACAGAGACAAGCUGAGCCGCCUGAAGGACCUCAUCGCCUGGCAGACUCCCCUCCUGCGGGCUGGAAUCCGUCUCCACGGGAAACGGGUGACGGAUGACCUCCGACCUUUCCACGACCGGAUGGAGGACUGCUUCAAGCAGCUGAAGAAGAAAGUGGAGAAGGAAUACGGAGCGCGAGAGCUGCCGGAGAUGGAUGACCGGCGUUCCAGCCGGCCGCGCUCCAUGCUGCGCUCCUAUCGCCAGUCGCUGAUCUCCAUCUCCUCCCUGGGCUCCGAGUGCGGUACUCCCACCAAGCUGCACCCAGAGAGUUUUGGGGUCCCUGAGUCCCCAUCUUCCCGUGCCCCGCCCCGGCCAGAGGAUGGGGGGAUGGUGGCAGAGGAACCAGUGGAGGGGGAGGUGAGGCUCCGAAAGUCCAAGAAGAAGAGGAAGAGGAGCAGCAUGAUCUUCAUCAGUGAAGAGAGAGAGAGACAGAGCACUCUGGACACCAGAAGACUGUCAAAGAAGCAGGAGUUUCGCAGUGACACCAACUUAUCAGAGCACAGCGAGACAAGCAGAGGCCUGUACAGCACCAACUCGCGCUCCCUGCCCACCAUCACAGGAAGUGAGUUUAACCGGAAUUCCAACCGAGUCCACCCAGCUAUCUUCCUCUCCCACGUGAGCCCUGCUCUCACCACGCGCAGGGGAGAGCAAGCCGGCUCGAGUCUAGAGGCGACGUCACAGAGCGCCGGAGGAACUCGCACGAGAAGCGGCUGA